AUGUGGGCAUCAACCUCUCGGCCGGUGGUUCUGUAUGACGAGUCGCCCGAAGUACUCACAUCGGCUAUCCAAUACAUCUCCGAUACACUUGGAUCCUACUGUUUCGAGCAGUCUACUCACCCCGGUCAUGUCGGUACCUCUGACAGUCUUACCUCUGCCUGCAGCAGCCAACCCUGGAUGGUCAUUGAGGCGCUCCCUGAAGAACUUGACGUGAAGCGGAAAGUUCUCGCCGAGGUUGAGUCGCUGGUCACAGAAGACUGUAUCCUAGCCAGCAAUAGCAGCAGCUUCCGCACAGCGGAGAUGCUGGCUACCCCAGACAAGCCCGGGGUUAAAGACGCAAGCCGCCUACUGAAUACACAUCAUUACAUCCCGCCUCGCAAUCGAAUGGUGGAGCUGAUGUCCUCGGGGUCGACAGCCGAGACCAUCUUCCCAUUUCUGUCCGCCCAGAUGACAUCAGUAGGCUUGCGUCCCAUGGUCCUGCCCAACCACGUGCAGAGCACGGGGCUGGUGUUUAAUCGUAUCUGGGCUGCAAUCAAACGAGAAACGCUCGCGGUACUAGAAGAAGGUGUCUCCAAGCCCGCAGAUGUCGAUGAGCUGUUUCGAGACUUCUUCCACGCCGAGAAGGGCCCGUGCGAGAAGAUGGACGAGAUUGGACUUGACACCAUUCACAAAGUCGAGGCGCACUAUUUAGAACAGAAGCCAGAGCUGCACAGUGAGAACCAGCUGGAGUGGCUGGGGAAGAAAUAUAUGGAUAAGCGCAACUUGGGAGAGAAGAGUGGCAACGGCCUAUUCAGUGCCGAGGAGAGGACCGAGCUGGCAGCACGUAGGGCGCGGGAGAAGCGUAAGAUCGUGGAGGAGAGCAGAGGUGCAUAG